CUCCACUUCAUGGGUCCUUCAUUCCCUGACACCUGCUUCCUCUGCCUCACCAGCGUUCUCCACUCCACGAUGGCUCUACAGGUCCCUGAAGCCCCCUGGACAGCAGCUGUGACCACGGCACUGCUGGUGCUGAGCAACACGGUGGCUCAGAGUGGGACCCUUCCAGAGAAUUACCUGUACCAGUUGCAGGGCGAAUGCUACCUGAGCAACGAGACGCUGCGCUUCGUGGCGAGACAUAUCUAUAACUGCGAGGAAUUCCUGCGCUUCGACAGCGACGUGGGCGAGUUCCAAGCAAUGACCGAGCUGGGACAAAGGACCGCCGAGCGCUUCAACUCCCAGAAGGAGAUUCUGGAGGAAGCUCGCUCAUCGGUGGAUACACGGUGCAAAUACUACUAUGAAAAGGCAGGCCCAGUGCUCUUGAAGUACCAAGUCCAGCCUAAAGUACAUGUGUUCCUCGCCAAGAAAGUGACCCUGCAGCACCACAACCAGCUCAUCUGCCACGUGACAAACUUCUACCCGGGCAAUGUUGAGGUCCGGUGGUUCCUGAAUGGACAGGAGCAAACAGCUGGGAUCGAGUCCACCAACCUGAUCCAUAACGGAGACUUGACUUUCCAGAUGCUUGUGAUGCUGGAAAUGACCCCCCAGCAGGGAGACGUCUACACCUGCCAUGUGGAGCACCCCAGCCUGGACAGCCCGGUCACCGUGGAGUGGAGGGCUCAGUCCGACUCAGCCCGGAACAAGAAGCUGACUGGAGUUAGCGGCUUCGUGCUGGGGCUCAUCUUCCUUGCAGUCAGCAUUGUGAUGCACGUCAGGAGCAAGAAAGGUCAGCGAGGAUCUCGAUAAGCAGGGCUCCUGAUCUGACCACAAGGACUAGAGGAGCCUUCGAACAAGGAUUUUUCUGCUUCUUUAGCCCUAGAGGCUGGCUCUGGGCUAGACCCCAGCUGCCCACCAGGGUGUGGCUGCCACGAAACUGCUCUGCAACGUUUCUGAAGCUCUGCUC